CGAACAUUUAAACUAAAGCCCGUUCAGGAAGAGAGAGGUUCGGAGCCAGUCGCCUCAUAUCGUCUGCGAAGUCUUCGUUUUGCUGUGGUUCUGUUCAAGUCGGUUUUUGCGCUGCCUGCCUUUAAAUGGCUUAAACCGAUCCUGCCUAUUUAUACCAGCGGAGAGUUCGGUCCUUCCUUCGCGUUCGGGCGCAGCUGACGGGGAUUUAAAGCUGGAGGCGCCUCGACGCUAGAAAUGCAGGGUCUUGGUUUUCUGCUGCUUGUGUUGAGCAAGUUCUGCCGGGGCUUCCCAGUUCCAGUAGACACCGUCGUUGUUCAGGUGCAGCAGUGGGGAGUGGUGGGAGCUCAGCAUUCCGUCCAGCAGGUUCUUCUCAAUGGACUCCCUCUGACUGGCACGAGCCAGGAAGUCCACAGCGUUAUCCAAAGCAUGUUGGCAGAGUCCCUGCUCCCCGCUGUGAUUGGUGACAACCAGACCUCAGUGCCGAAAAACCACACUGUGCUCCGGUCUCGUGAGUGCAUACUGGAGGGGUCUCAGCUGCACUGGGCCGACCGUGUGUUCUAUGAUGGAAAGCUCUAUCUGACGCUGGACCGCAGCAACACGUGGACGGCCCACACGACGGAGGCACAGACACUCAAAGGCCUGUGGGAUCAGGACGUGCAGCACACAAGGAUGGAGAGGAUGCGGCUUGAGGAGGGAUGCAGCAAGCUAGUGAAAGAGCUCAGGCUUUCAGAGGAGCUCUCAGUUUCAGGGUUUCCUUUGCCAAAGUAUCUGAUCCUGAUCUUGGCAGUGCUGGCCUUUAUUGGAUUAAUCAUGAUCAGCAUUCUCCUCUCCAAGAAAUCUGGUCUGAGGCACCCUGGAGGUGUUGUUGGGUCCAUUAUACAUUACCCUAAGGACAUGGCUGAAAUGGCUACAGAAAUAAAAGGUAGUGGUUACAGCACUUUGUAAUUCAACGACCUGGCUACAUGAAAGGAUCCCGUUCAAGCUUUCUACUCUACGCUUCCAUUUGAACGUCUACUUGCUACUUUAUUUCACUUGGGUAAACAAAGUCACUCCCUGAAAAAAAAUGUGCCCCAGUACCAACAGUGCCCUGUAAUGACACCGUGCAUUUUUAAGAUCAUGUGUGUGUGUGUCGUUCAUUUGUAACUGAAUGUUUGAUCACAUUGUUAAAUGCACUUUAACAUGCAUGCACAACACAUUUCAAUGGUGCUGUUCUUUUAGAUAAUAGAACAUAUAAUUUAUGCCUGUAAGUAGUGUAUAUGUUCAAUGCAGAAAUGUGCAAGCUUUUCUUACACAGACACUGUGUAGUGCAGUCAUUUUUUAAAUCAUAAUUUAAAGUCAUAAUUACCAGUACUUACCUGGACUGAAUGAAAAUGGUCUGUUUUAAUCACAUACAUAUCAACUUCGAAUUAAGAACCAAGGGGCAGGCUGCAAAUAAAGGCCUGUUUUGUUUUGCUAUUGAUGGAACAAUGUGCACAUUAAUACCUGUGUCUAGUUGUGGAGGGCUGUUCUUGUGACUUGAUUCUGUACAUUAUUGUAUUUGUUUAUAAGUAUUACCUGUUAUGUGUCAGUUCAAGUAAAAAUUACAUUGUUAAAAUAAAGAUACUCUAUAUCAUG